GUCCAGAGUCGCUCGCACCAAACACACGCAGACCAACCACACAUCCCUCGUCGCCCGAACUCUUCCUCCUACCCUCGCGGCUGCGGAGCCUGCUCUUCGUUCUCGCCGCCGCCUAGACUGGAGCAAGAACCAGAGGUCAUCCGGACACAGAGACUCCUUUCUCGGAAGCAUCUCCUGAAACUGAUGUAGAACAGAGGAUCUGCCUCCAGUCAUUGUACGCCGACAUUUCAUCUUGUUCAUUUGAUGCCAUCUCUCUGAAAUAAACUGAGUCAACAGAUCAAGAUGACAGAGCCAUCUUCAUCAUAUUCAUUGCCUUCUAAAAAGCGACAACGCUCUCCUGAUGAUAAUGAACAUUCACUAGACAGAGAUCAAACUUGUUCAAGCCUUGAGGAUAAUCUUACAUUCAAUGAUACCAUGAUAGCUCUUCAAUUGAUGCGCACACAGUUUCCAAAGCUGGAUAAGGUUGUGGCGCAGCCAUUCAUUUUGCAGUCACAAUUGUAUAGCAGCGUGAAGGAUAGAACACAAGUUGACAGAGACUUGGAGUCAUUCAAGAAUGACAGAGUGUUACGAAUAUUCAAACUUAGUUCUGGGCAGGAUGAUCAUGCAAUCAUGUUCAUGGAUGAUUAUUUGAAACAGGUCUCUUUUGCUAUUAAACGGUCAGGGGGUAAAGACCAAGACGGUAAUGAAGUAUUUGAGUGGUUUGAGAGAUAUGUGGUCCCUUCAAAACUGGAUGUUAGCAUAAAUCAAUUAGAUCUGUGCUCACUGUUAUCACGGGGUGGUGAUGUAACAGACAAACAUAUCACACUGUUGAUGAAUGCUGGUCUCUUAACUCGCCAACUUAUUGAUCCAAAUAUUUACUGGUUUUCUAUUCCAAGAAUUGGCCCCAUAUUGAAAGGCCUAUCCCAGGGCAGGAAAGAAAUUCUUUCGCUGUUGAACCGUAGAAAGUACAAGGAGAUGCUGCUCUCUUCACUGGAGAAUACAAAGUUAAGAUUAUCAUCUCUUGAUACGCGGUUCCUCCUUCGCGAUUUGAUUGGAUCUGGGCACAUAAAAACAGUUCAAACACCCACUGGUUUGCUUGCUCGCAUAUCAAGAGAUUGAUGAGCUCACUGUUGUAAUUCUAUUUAUCUGUCUGCCUUAUCUGAUCUUGCAUGACUUGAUGAUUCUAGUUUUAUUUUGCAUUUUACCUGUUCUCAACGUCUUCCAGAAAAAGGCAGAAUUGAGCUAGUCGUACAACAAAAGCAGUAUUUUUGGGUUCAGGAAAUCUGUAGUAUUGCUUCAUGUACUUUCAAAGACUUAGGCCAUUGGCAAUCCUUUUUCUUAAGCAUAAAAAAAAUCUUAGGAUAAAUGGUGAAAUUACCUAAAACAACUUGUUUAGUGGCAAAUAGACUCCUGACCGACAACCCAUUUGGGUAAUGUUAUUUUCUAAAUUUAUGUUGAGGAUUAGUGACACUAUAUAAGAGACAACACCGAUAUACAUGUCCUCAUGUCAUGCUAUUGUAUGUAUCAAUUGCAUAAAUUAAUUAACAGACAUCAUUAUAUGCUAUGUUGCCCUUUUUAUUUUGCUUUUUCGGUUCUAAUCUAUUGGUCAUGGCCGAAGGACUAUUAUGGUUUAUUGGUUUAUGGUCUUUGUACCUAACUGGUUGAAUUCUCAUGUGGGUGAACGAGCCUGUUACGUUCUAGGACUCCACGGUCAGACUGUCAGUGUUGAGUUCAAAGUUCCUCUAACUUGCAUUGAUUUUUUGAUCAGUUGAAUAGUAGACAGUUUCCUUGAGCUUAUGUGUCGAAUUUGUCGGCCAUUCAGCAGUGUUUUUUCGUAACAAAUCAGCGAACAGUACUUUCAGCCGUGAUUUUUGAGACAAGCGAACGGGCAAAUGCAUAUGUUAUGAUGUGGUAGGAUGCCAAAGAAGCCAACAAGGACAUCCAUCAAUCUUCUUGACAAGAUCUCUGGAUUCCGUUGCCAAAGCCGUCAAAAGCGGCAUAAUAAUGUACGUCUUGAUGCUGCCAUGGCUGGCGUUCAGCCACAUCCUCACCUUCACGGAGAUCACGAAGCGCAUAACUCGGCAGGGCCACCGUGUCACCCUCCUCUCCACACCAAGGGCCUCAUCGACGUCCUUUUAGACCACGCCAGUCUUUAUAACCGUGUGUUCGGUUGCGAGGAUCACCUGGCAUGGGAUGCGAAGAACUCAGUUUGCCUCGUGUUUGGUUCAGGGAUGAUGAGGGAUGGAUCCAUCCUCGAUAGAAAUAUUUGGUCAGAUUUGGGACACCUAUGCCGAUGCUCAAGGCGCAGGCGGAGCUCUCUUGCAUGAUGUUUGGUUCAUCGAUGAUGCGUUCGGUCUCAUAUCUGAUGUGUUUCUCUCUUAGUGAUUUGAUGAAUAUGUUCUGAAUCUCUUACUCUUUUUGAUGUGAUGAAUCAAUAUGUUUAAUAUUCC